AUGGGACAGAAUCAAUCGUUGAGAAAAGGUGGAGAAGAUCGAGGCCAAGGAGAUGCUGAUAAGGUGAGUAUUCAAGGUUAAUAUUUAAAUUUGCGUUUAGAAGAAGAAGAGAUACGAGCCACCAAUUCCGUCUCGGAUUGGAAAGAAGAAGAAGGGAGGAAAGGGACCAGACUCGGCUUCUAAACUUCCAUUGGUCGUUCCGGUUACCAGAUGUCGUCUGAAGUUGCUGAAGAUGGAGAGAAUCAAGGAUUAUUUGGUCAUGGAGGCCGAAUUCAUACAAAAUCAGGAGCGUCUGAAGCCACAAGACGAACGUCAAGAAGAGGAACGUUCCAAGGUUGACGAUCUUCGUGGUACACCAAUGGCUGUUGGGAAUCUGGAGGAAAUCAUUGAUGAUCAACAUGCUAUUGUUUCUACUGUAAGUUUUGUUGUUAUUCAGUGUUUAGGAACUUUUAUAGAAAAUAGAUCAGCUCAAAUGAUACCUAAAUUAUCCUAAUAACGUUUAAAAUCUUUUCAGAACGUCGGAAGCGAGCAUUAUGUAAAUAUUAUGUCAUUUGUGGACAAAGAGCAGCUUGAACCCGGAUCCUCAGUGUUGUUGAAUCACAAGACUCACGCUGUUAUUGGAGUUCUCAACGAUGAUACUGACCCGAUGGUCUCCGUCAUGAAGUUGGAGAAGGCCCCACAAGAAACUUACGCUGAUGUUGGUGGACUAGAUCAACAAGUGCAAGAAAUCAAAGAAUCCGUUGAGCUCCCCUUAACUCACCCAGAAUACUACGAAGAAAUGGGUAUUAAGCCACCAAAAGGAGUCAUUCUUUACGGUCCUCCUGGUACUGGAAAGACCUUAUUGGCUAAGGCUGUUGCUAAUCAGACGUCGGCUACUUUCUUGAGAGUUGUGGGAUCGGAACUGAUUCAGAAGUACCUUGGAGAUGGUCCAAAAAUGGUCAGAGAGUUGUUCAGAGUGGCUGAAGAACAUGCUCCUGUAAGUUUUUUAAAUUUUAUAGCUGCUUGGAUUAGGUUAUUUAAAUUUUUAAUACCUAAAAGUUGUGUUUUUAUUCUAUCUGACGUUUUUCUUAUUAUACGUUGAUUUACAAAUUUGUUUUAGUCUAUCGUGUUCAUUGACGAAAUCGAUGCUGUUGGAACCAAACGUUACGACUCCAAUUCCGGUGGUGAACGGGAAAUCCAACGUACUAUGUUGGAGUUGUUGAAUCAACUUGAUGGUUUCGACUCUCGAGGUGAUGUCAAAGUGCUAAUGGCUACGAACAGAAUCGACUCUCUGGACCCUGCUCUGAUCCGACCUGGCCGUAUUGACCGUAAGAUUGAGUUCCCGUUGCCAGAUGAAAGAACCAAGCGACGUAUCUUCCACAUUCACACUGCUCGCAUGCAGCUGGCUGAAGGCGUAGAUCUCGACGAAUUCAUUCAAGCUAAAGACGAUCUCUCCGGAGCUGAUAUCAAGGCCAUGUGUACCGAGGCGGGUCUAUUGGCGCUGAGAGAACGAAGAAUGCGGGUAACGAUGGAGGACUUCAGAAAGUCCAAGGAAAAUGUACUGUAUCGGAAGAAGGAUAACGCCCCGGAGACCCUAUAUUUGUAA